AUGGCUCCCAGUGCUAUCGAUCCCUCAAUCACAGAUGUGGUCCAGCCCAAGAAGGACAGCCUAGGUCUUCCCAAAGAGACUCGAGCUCGCCUUGAAAGGGCCAAUGUCGACCUUUCGAAUGGUUACCCUUACCGUCCAGCUCGUCCCCUCUACCUGCAAGAUGCCUAUAACAUCAGAAAUGAGCCUUGGGCGCAUGACGAUGCUGGAGCUAGAGCGAAGAAGACCGAUCCUACUAAGAAGUCUCUUUUCGAAGCUGCAAGCAAGAUCGAGGAUCUCACAGCUCACAUGGGCACCGAGAUUCACGGCUUGCAGUUGAAGGAUCUCACCAACCAGCAGAGGGACGAGCUUGCACUGUUGAUUGCUGAAAGAAGCAUUGUCUUCUUCCGUGAUCAGGACAUAUCUCCUCAACAACAAAAGGAGCUUGGCGAGCAUUAUGGAAAGAUUGAAGUCCACCCUCAGGUACCCCAAGUCCCAGGUGUCGAAGGUGUCACUGUGAUCUGGCCUGCUCUACAGGCAACUGAGAGCGCUGCCAACUUCAGAAACCCCGGCGGUGCUUCUCGUUGGCACACUGAUCUGGUUCACGAGCGUCAGCCUGCAGGUAUCACGCACCUUCACAACGAUGUCGUGCCAUCUGUCGGCGGAGACACUCUUUGGGCUUCGGGCUAUGCUGCCUACGAGAAGCUCAGCCCAGGCUUCCGCAAGAUCAUUGACGGCAAGAAGGCAUACUUCAAGUCUGCACACACGUACCUCGACCGCGAUGAUCCCAAUGCCGGUCCCAAGCAUAUCGAGCGUGUUCACCCGAUUGUUCGCGUGCAUCCAGCUACUGGCUGGAAAGCGCUCUUCGUGAACAGAUCCUUCACAACCAGGAUAGUCGGCCUCGACAAAGCUGAGAGUGAUGUCAUUCUAAACUAUCUCUUCGAUGUCUACGAGCGAGUAAGUGUCUCAGCGGAUCGAAGUCAAUUAGUUUUGUAUAAUGUUGCUGAUCUAUCCCCANNGAACAUUGACAUCCAGCUUCGAUUCAAGUGGACACCUAGAACCAGUGCUCUGUGGGAUAAUCGCAUUACCAUCCACAAUGCUUCAUGGGACUACGAAGGGGUAGCNCCAAGACACGGUACUCGUGUGACUCCGUUGGCCGAGGAGCCGUACUUUGAGGAGGACGCGCCGACCAGAAGACAUGCAUUGGGUCUUGAUGCUGAAGAUGAGUUGGUUGGUUCCGAUUAG